UGGGGUGGAGGGGGGAGAGAGAAAUGAAACACGCUGCGGGUCCAGAAGCAGCAGACGAGCCGGGCCGACCGGUCCCUUUCCUCCUCCUGCUCCUCCUCCUCUUCUCGCAGCGGGACGCCGCGCGCCGUCCGGGCUCACGUCGCUCCUCCGCGCGCCGCCGUCGGCUCACCGGCUCGCGGCUGAGUGAGAGAGAAAGUCCGCACCGGAUUUGAACCCGCGCACUCGACCGUCCGCGGAUGAAGUGACAACACGGGUUCUCUGCCUCUCCUCGCGCAUUUGGGAUUAUUCGUUUGGAACGCGCAGACAUGAUGAUGUUAUUCGCCAUCAGCGUGGCCUUGUUGUCAAAUGCAGGUCUGUCGGUGGAGGUGUUUCGCGCCGGCGUGGGUCCUCGCUGCGAGAGCCGGGCCUGCAACCCCCGCAUGGGCAACCUGGCCCUGGGUCGCCGGGUCCUGACGCAGACCGUCUGCGGCAACAACGCCACCGAGCUCUACUGCUCCUACUCCGACCCCGACGCCAACCUGGCCUGCCACGCCGCCAGGUGCGCCAAGUGCAACGCCGGCCUGCCCCUGCUGUCCCACCUGGCCGGCGCCAUGUCGGACUCCUCCUUCCGUCACCCCAACACCUGGUGGCAGUCGGCCGAGGGGGUCGAGUCGGAGACGGUGCAGCUGGACCUGGAGGCGGAGUUCUACUUCACCCACCUCAUCGUGGUGUUUCGCUCGCCGAGGCCGGCCGCCAUGACCCUGGAGCGCUCGCAGGACUUCGGCCGGUCGUGGCGGAUGCUGCAGUACUACGCCGGCAACUGCAGCGCCGCCUUCGGGAUGGAGGAGGGGGGGAAGGCGGGCCGCGACGGGGCCGCCUGCACCGCCAAGUACUCCGGGGCUUAUCCCUGCGACCGCGGCGAGGUGAUCUACCGCGCUCUCCCCAAGUGGGAGUCCCUGGAUCCGUUCGGGGUGGAGGGCCAGCAGCAGCUGAGGGUGACCAACGUCCGGAUCAGGUUGCUGAAGCGGCAGCCGUGUCCCUGCCAGGCCAAAGACCUCGCCGCCGCGGGCGAGGCUCCGCCCACCCGCCACUUCGCCAUCUACGACCUGAUCGUGAAGGGGAGCUGCUUCUGUAACGGGCACGCCGAGCAGUGCGUGACCGCCCCGGGCUACCAGCCCGUCAGGGACCGCACCAACCACGUGGUAAGGCAGCAGCAUGGGGUCAGCUGUGUGUGCAGACACAACACUGCAGGUGAUCACUGCGAGCGCUGCACGCCGCUCUACAACGACCGGCCCUGGCAGCCCGCCGACGGACUGACGGGCGCGCCGCACGAAUGUUCCAAGUGCGAGUGCAGCCAGCACGCCGAGAGCUGCCGCUUCGACUGGACGGCGUGGCGCGAGUCCGGCCAGCGCAGCGGAGGCGUCUGCGACUGCCUGCACAACACCGAGGGCCGGCGGUGUGACGCGUGCAAAGCCGGCUUCUACAGGGACCGCCGGAGGCCGCGCACGGCCGCCGACUCCUGCAGACCAUGCAGCUGUCACCCCCUGGGCUCCACGCCCUUCCACCCGGCCGGCGGCUCACUCUGCGACCCCUCCAACGGAAACUGCAUCUGCAAACCCGGAGUGGACGGCGUCCGCUGCGAGAGGUGCAUGGUGGGAUACUGGGGCUUCCACCAGUACGGCUGCCGUCCCUGCGACUGCGCCGGAGACUGCGACCCGUUCACCGGAGACUGCGUGUACGGCUCCGACCUGGACAACUUCGACAGGAACUCCAGCGAUUCGGGGUGGAUCUUCAGAGCGGACGAACUCUUCUCUGCCCGCCUCCCAGAGAAGUGCGUGUGCAAAGAGCAAGCCCUGACCAACAGUAAACUCUUCUGCACCAUGAGUUACGCGUACGUCCUGAAGGUGAAAGUGCUGUCGGCCCACGACAAGGGCUCCCACGCCGAGGUGGAGGCCGAGGUUCAGAAGGUGCUGAGUCAGAGCACCAAGUUGAAGAUACGGCGAGGGCCGGUCACCCUUUACCCCGAGUCCUGGACCGCGCGGGGGUGCACCUGCCCGAUCCUCAACCCAGGGCUGGAGUACCUCAUGGCGGGCCACUCGGACCGUAAGCAGGGCCGCCUCCUGGUCAACAUGAAGAGCUUCGUCAAGCCUUGGACGGCAAGCUUGGGGCGCAAAGUCCUCGCGCUCCUCAAGAAAGACUGCAACUGGUAGGCGGGACGGGUCGAGAAACGCACCCCUCCCCCUCCCCUCCCCUCCCCCGGCAGGACGGACGGGACCGCGAACGCCUCUGACUUUCAUUCCCCUCCAGAUGUGGAGGGCCGAAUCGCACUGGUCUGGGAGCUGGUUGCUUCGGGGGUUUUGGGAAGGCUGAAACCGAGGUGAACGAAAGGCCCUUUUACUCCUCCGCUGCGGUCCGGCGGGAGCCGGCGGCGGACUCCGCCCACCCCGAAAGCACGCGGGACCUUCAUUCUAUUAAGUCGCUUCACGUCUCGCACAGUAGGGUUUCUUCUUCUGCCGCCGCCGCCGCUCAAGGAGGCUGAGGAAUUCAGCGCUUGGGGCCGAGUGCUUUCUGCUCCAUCUGGACGCCGUCGACGUGCGUUAAAGACUGAAUCUCUUCCUCUCUGCAGCACUUUAGCCGAAGAUGGACUGAGGACACGCAGACACACAAGAUUUAACACACACGCACACUAAAUGCACAACCAUUCCCGAUCACACGGGACACUUUUCCACACAGCUGUGUGUGUGUGUGCGUGUGUGUUGACGCUGAACAAGCCAUACAAGCCACUACAGGUGGUUAAAUCUUAAACCAGUCCAGGUGCGCCUGUGUUGAAACGGGAGUGAAUGGAUUUUACAACCGUGGUGUGAAUGCCUUUGCCCGUUUUGGGAAACGUGUGCGUUUGUGUGUGAAUGCAGAGGUUUACUACGAGCACAGUCCAGAUCAAGUCCAGCUCUUUGCCGUAGGUUUGUGUAGACUUUCAAAACGCUGCCAGUCCAAUGUUCAUGAUGCAGCGCUGGGUUUGUGUUUGAUUCAUCUCCUAUUACACCCUCCGGAAAAUCCUUUGUUAUUGCUUCCUUUUGGCUCUUGUACAGUAUUAUUUGUAUAUAUCUAUAUAAAUAUUAUGUUCAUCUUUUUGCCGCUUUGUUUAAUUGUUUUUGUACAUGGUAACAUUAAAGGAUGAUUCCAACCGUG